UUUUUUUUUUUAAAAAAAGCGCUCCCUGUUUCCCUUUUUUCUUUUCUCUCUUAAAAACUCAAAGUUCAUCUGAAUUGCAGAAAUGGCUGAUCAACUUACCGAAGAGCAAAUCACCGAGUUCCGCGAAGCUUUCUCGCUUUUUGACAAAGAUAACGAUGGUUCCAUUACCACCAAGGAGUUGGGUACCGUGAUGCGCUCCCUCAACUUGAACCCUACCGAGGCUGAGCUUCAGGAUAUGGUCAACGAAGUUGAUAGCGAUGGCAACGGUACUAUUGAUUUCAGCGAGUUUUUGACCAUGUUGGCAAGAAAAAUGAAGGAUACCGACUCCCAGGAGGAGAUCCAGGAAGCUUUCAAGGUCUUUGACAAGGAUGGCAACGGUUACAUUUCGGCAGCUGAGCUGCGUCAUGUCAUGACUUCCUUGGGUGAAAAGCUUUCGGAGGAAGAAGUCGACGAAAUGAUUCGUGAGGCUGACAUUGACCAGGAUGGUCAGAUAAAUUACGAAGAGUUUGUCAAGAUGAUGAUGUCGAAAUAAACCUGGUAAUGAAUGAUUUUGUCCCGGCCACACUAAGCUUAUAUACCUUUUACUGGGGUUCCUAGCAAGAUUAUUUUAAAAACAUACUCACCAACACACACACACAUAUACUCAACAACAUCAAAUCCACACCUCUUUUAAGACUAUAUAUCUUCCACCUACAACAAUCAAUCAAUAGCCAACAAUAAAUUUUAAAUGCGCUCUUUUUACUUUUUUUGGAUCGCGUCUUCGAAGGCAUUUGUAAUUGGGUUUUUUUUAAGAAGGGACGUCAACUAUCAUGAG